UGAAGAGGGUUUCCCCAUUAAAGCACCAGCCAGAAAGCUCUGAGAACAAUGAAAGUGACGACCAGAAGAACCAGAAGGGAGAAUACCAGAAAGGCAGUGAUUCUCCAUCUGCACCUCCAAAUGAUGAGCAGAGCCCAGGAGAAGGAGAGAGCCUUAAAAGCAAAAACAUCGAGCCUGCUGUUCUGCUUGGAGAGUUGGAGCACUAUGACCUGGAUAUGGAUGAAAUUUUGGAUGUGCCUUAUAUUAAAUCAAGCCAGCAACUUGUUCCUUUUACAAAGGUAGCUCCUGAGAAAAAAAUUCUGGGUGUAUGUUCAGCAGUGAAUGGUCUUAGUGGCAAGACCUGCUCUGCAGGGAACACAGAGAGCUCUCCUGCCAGUGGGACACAAUUCUGUGUGCUGUCUCCUGUCAAAGGCUCUCAGCUGAGAAAAACGCAGCCCAUUGUCCUUGAUCAGCACAAGCAUUUAACAGAAGAAUUAGAGCUUUCCCAGCCUUUAGUUAAGUGUAGCUCAGUCCAUGAAUCUGAAGCUCAGAGCAGGGGUUUCCUCAGCAGGACAUUUGUUGAUUCUCAUACUCAUAAAACUGAGAAGACUCUGCCUAACUGCCACCUGAGGACUCUCCACCUGCAGACAGCAGUGUCAGAGAGCAAGCAGCUAGAGGAACUGAGUAUGAACUGGAGCAGUGCAGCGAGCCCAGAAGAGAAGAGCGAAGAGGUGAAGAAAAUUAAGAGCAUCUUAAACAUUGUAAAGGAAGGCCAAAUAUCUUUAUUGCCACAUUUAGCAGCAGAUAAUCUAGAUAAGAUCCAUGAUGAAUGUGACAACAAUCUGUUGCAUGUAGCAGCAUCAAAGGGACAUGCAGAAUGCCUGCAGCAUCUCACUUCUUUGAUGGGUGAAGACUGUUUGAAUGAACGAAAUAUUGAGCAGCUAACUCCAGCUGGAUUAGCAAUAAAGAAUGGUCAGCUGGAGUGUGUUCGGUGGAUGGUGAGUGAAACAGAAGCUAUUGCAGAAUUAAGUUGCUCAAAAGAUCACCCAAGCCUUAUUCAUUAUGCAGGCUGCUAUGGCCAGGAGAAAAUCCUUCUGUGGCUUCUUCAGUUUAUGCAAGAACAAGGGAUUUCACUGGAUGAGGUUGACCAGGAUGGAAAUACUGCUGUUCACAUAGCUGCUCAGCAUGGCUAUCUAGGAUGCAUACAGACUUUGGUUGAAUAUGGAGCAAAUGUCACCAUGCAAAACCACGUGGGAGAGAAACCCUCACAAAGUGCUGAGCGACAUGGGCACACCAUGUGUUCCCGCUACUUAGUAGUUGUGGAGACGUGUAUGUCAUUGGCCUCUCAGGUUGUCAAGCUGACUAAGCAGCUGAAGGAGCAGACAGUGGAACGUGUGACAUUACAGAACCAACUCCAGCAGCUUUUAGAAGCCCAGCGGUCAGAGGGCAAGUCGCUGCCCACAUCCCCAAGUUCACCAUCAUCUCCUGCUUCUGGCAAACCUCAGUGGAAACCGUCUGAAGCAGAUGAAUUGUCUCCACCAAAAAGUAAAUUGAACACCCAAGAUGGGAUUCAGAUUCUUGGCAGCUUGGGAACUUCUAGUCACACUCGAGCCAAGAUAAAAGAUGAGGACUCAGAUAAAAUCUUGCGCCAGUUGUUGGGAAAGGAAAUCUCUGAAAACGUCUGUAUGCAGGAAAAACUGACACUGGAAUUUCAGGACGCUCAUGCAUCCUCCAAGAACGUGAAGAAGAUUUUGCCAGAGAAAAGGGAGCUGAAGUUAGCCAGACUGAGGCAACUGAUGCAGAGAUCACUCAGUGAGUCUGACACAGACUCAGCUAAUUGUGAGGAUCACAAGAACACUCCUGUGAAAAGAACUGACAAACCAAGGCCUCAGCCCAUAGUGGAGAGCAUUGAGAGCACAGAGGGUUUGCACCUGAUGAUUAAGAAACAUGCUUCUGCAGCAGGGCGACGCUUCCCUUUUGGUAUCAGGGUCUCUAAGUCUGUGGAUGGCCACAGUCCUUCCCCUACUUCAGAGAGCAGUGAUCCAGAUAAUGAAGCCCCGUAUCAGUCUGGUAUUGUACCUCAGAGCCAGUUUUGUGGAGACAACUCUCCAUCCAGCACAGACAGUGCCACUGCUCAAAAGGUUGCCACCAGUCCUAAGAGUGCACUCAAGUCUCCAUCUUCAAAGCGCAGAACCUCCCAAAAUUUGAAACUCCGAGUAACUUUUGAGGAGCCCGUGGUGCAGGUGGAGUUAGCAGAGUCAGAACUAAAUGAGGAAAAGGAUAAAGACAGGGGCAAAGGACUCAUGCGGGCUCCACCGGGCUCUGCAGAGCCAGUGGGGGACCAGCUGAAAAAGCCUUUUGGAACCUUUCGGUCCAUAAUGGAAACCCUGAGUGGCAACCAAAAUAACAACAACAAUUGUCAAACAGCAAACCUGAUCAAAACCUCAUCAACGCUGCCUUUUACCUCAUUAGGAAGGAAGACAGCCGACAGCAAGGGAAAUCCAGCAGCUCUCACAAAAGGAAGAAACAAGCCAGCCUGAUGACAUCAAUAGGAAAAGCCGGAAACUGAACAGUCAAACGAGUACUGAAGAGCCAGAGCUGCAGGAAUUCUUCCUCUAAACUACAACUCAUGAUGUCUCACUUUGUUUGAAAUAACUGAAAUAUAUCCUUUUGAAACACUAAUAUGAGACAUACCCGUCACCAGCAAACCAGCAGCUGUUAGGAUGCCUUAAUUUGUAGCAGUUAGAC